AUGAACCAUCAACAGGAGGGAGUUGUUGUCUCACUCGGUUCCCUGGUCUCAUCUCAUUAUCACGGCGUCUACGAGACCAACGACGGUCCUCCUCCGCGCCCGUUCCGCAUCCUUGUAAGAGCCUUCAUCGGCGCGUGCAUCUUCAUCGGCGUCCUCGCGCUGCUCAUCUGGUUCAUCUACCGGCCCCGGACGAUCCAGGUCGCCGUCGCCACCGCGACGCUCGCCCGCUUCGACCUCGUCAACACCACGUCGAUCAACCCGGUGCUGUCCUACAACCUCACCGCGGUGCUCUCCGUCUCGAACCCCAACAGGCGCGUGUCCAUCUACUACGACCAGCUCCAGGCGGCGGGGCUCUACCAGGAGGAGCGCUUCGGCCGCGCCGCGCUGCCGGUGUCGUUCCAGGGCACGAGGCACGCCGACGCGGUGCCGGCCCUGCUCGUGGGCAACACGUCCAUGGAGUUCGGGGACUCCGGCGUUGCCGCGUUCAACGAUUACAGGCGCGCUGGGGUGUUCCCCGUCGACCUUUGGGUGGACGGGGUCGUGCGGUACAAGUUCGGCGAGCUGAUGACCACCACGGCGAGCACGCUGACGGUUAAGUGCCAUCUGGCGCUGAAGCUCAUGGUGGCGUCGGGUUGGGUCGAAUGUACUGUGAUCGACUCCUGA